CAGCACCGAAUGUCUACUCUCAUUACAAAUUUAGGCCUUCCGUAUUUCUCUCCACCGUCCCGUGCCUUCCUUUCCUCUUCUCGGCAGUCUCACUCCGCCCAAGGCUGCUCUGCUCCAUCUCUCCCACAGGCUAGCUGCAGACCUACAGUGUACCACCGCCUGCCCUGCCGUGCCUCACACCUCUAUCCUCCCCCUCCCCCAUCCCCCAACCCCUCUCCCCCUCCACCCCAUCCGCCUCUCACGCGGGACGCCGCCAUUGCCGUUCCCUUUCUUCCUCGUCGCCACAUCGCGUCCCUCCUGCCUCCACUCCGUCCGCAGUCUUUGGCCAUUGAGUUUGAGGUUGAUGAUCCGUCGGAAAGGAUGAACGGGAGUCGACAGAUGGAACUUCACUACAUAAACACUGGAUAUCCAUACACCAUCACCGAGAGCUUCAUGGAUUUUUUUGAAGGCCUCACAUAUGCUCAAGCUGAUUUUGCUCUUGCCGAUGCCUUCCAGGAUCAGGCUAAUCCAUACUGGACGAUGAUGCAGACAAACUCGUAUAAAUACGGAUAUUCUGGUGCAGGAAAUUACUAUAGCUAUGGACAUGUGUAUGACAUGAAUGACUACAUGCAUAGAGCAGAUAGUGGACGCAGAAUUUGGGAUAACCCCAUGCCUGUAAACAGUACCGACUCCCCCAACAUAGUCCUGCAGGGUGCUGAAGCUCCUCAUGCAAGUGCAAGUUCUACUACUGAGGAACGCAUCCAACAACCUGUGCACCAAAAUUCAAGCAGUCCUCAGGUUGUUUGGCAAGACAGCAUUGAUCCUGACAACAUGACAUAUGAGGAAUUGUUGGAUUUGGGCGAGGCAGUUGGAACCCAAAGUCGGGGCCUCUCCCAAGAAAGCAUUUCAGCACUUCCAGUCACCAAAUUCAAGUGUGGUUUAUUUUCAAGGAAGAAAAAACGCCGUGAAAGGUGUGUGAUCUGUCAAAUGGAGUAUCGGAGAGGGGAUCUGCAGAUGGCGCUCCCCUGCAAGCAUGUGUACCAUGCCAGCUGCGUGACAAAAUGGCUUACCAUCAACAAGGUAUGCCCUGUUUGCUUUGCUGAAGUUCCCGGCGAGGAGCCCAAGAGGGGCGAUCACAAAAGCUCUUGCGCUGGGACGACAUACGCGUGAUCUCUGCUUGAGGGCAUGCAGCUUGCUUUGUGCCCUACCCCUUCCCUUUAGACUUGUAUAUUAGGACCAUAUCACUAAAUAUAGGUUAUAAGCAGAUGUAGCUGGAAGCUGGAGCCGCUUCCCGGAGGUUUGCCGUAGGCUGUAGAGUUUGACCGUGAACUAUGACCACGUGGUAGAGCUCCGAUCGCGCAUGCUUGCGAGGUGUUUUGUUCACUGCGAAGAGGCAUGCGCUGGUUUCUGUUAACUGUAUUUGAUUAAGAUUUUUGUGGACAGAGGGAAAGAUUCAUUUGUUACAA